CAGAAGGAGAGAAGCGAUUGGGAUAGGGAUUUACAGCUUUGGGAAACAAGAAAGAAAAAAUAAUCCACAGAAACUGAAAUUUCUGUUCUAAAUUUCUAACCUAUACUCACUGCUGACUUUAUGCUGACUCCUUUUCCAGUGUAUUAAAGAAAGAGGAUUAGAUGAUGGGAGACUUGAAUCUGAGGUCUGAGUGAGUCAGCAGGACAUACUCGUUACCGUUCAACAUCUGAUCUGUCAGCGGGAAAAGAUUUCUAACAUCAUUGUGACUGGAAAAACACAGAUCAGAGUGAGAAUGUUCCAGUGAACUUAUUGCAGGAAAAGCAUUUACCAGUUACGCAGCCUGAAAGCGAAAUCACUGGAUUUGUAGCUGAGAAACUGGUGUGUGGACAAGCUUUCAACUGAUCAUCCAACCUGGAGAGACACCAGGACACCCAUAGCAUGGAGAAACCUUGGAAAUGUGCCGACUGUGGAAAGGGAUUCAUUUCCCCAUCAAAGCUGGAAACACAUCGCCGCAGUCAUACUGGGGAGAGGCCGUUCACCUGCUCCGUGUGUGGGAAGGGAUUCACUGAUUCAUCCAACCUGCUGACACACCAGCGAGUGCAUGCUGAGGAGAGGCCUUUCAGCUGCACUUACUGUGGAAAGAGGUUCAGGCACUCAGGCGCACUCACUGUACACCAGCGAGUUCACACUGGGGAGAGACCAUUUGCCUGCUCUGUGUGUGGGAAGGCAUUUAGUCAGUCAACCACCUUACUGAGACACCAGCAAAUCCACACUGAGGAGAAGCCAUUCAGCUGCACGGACUGUGGAAAGAGGUUCACUCGUUCAGGCACCCUUGUUAUGCACCAGCGAGUUCACACCGGAGAGAGACCAUUCACGUGCUCUGUAUGUGGGAAGGGAUUCACUCAGUCAAGCCACCUGCUGACACACCAGCGACUUCACACUGGGGAGAAACCAUUUCCCUGCUCUGUGUGUGGGAAGGGAUUCGCUCAGCAAUCCCACUUGCUAACACACCAGCGGGUUCACACUGGGGAGAGCCAAUCCAUCUGCUCAGUGUGUGGGAAGGGAUUUACUCUGCCAUCCCAGCUAGUGACACACCAGCGAGUUCACACUGGGGAGAGGCCAUUCACUUGCUCUGUGUGUGGGAAGGGAUUCAUUAGUUCAGCUACGUUGCUGCGACACCAGCAAGGUCACACCGAGGAGAGGCCUUUCAGUUGUGCUGACUGUGGCAAGAGGUUCAAGCAGUCCGACUACCUCAUUGUCCACCAGCGAAUUCAUACUGGGGAGAAACCAUUCACCUGCUCUCAGUGCGGAAAGAGAUUCAUCGAUUCAUCCCGACUGCGGAGACACCAACGAGUUCAUGAGCGACUGCAAGGAUAUGGUUCUGUUAUUACUCACAUUCAGGACACCAUGGAAGGAAAAAGCACUGUUCACAGUCAAGAGAAUCUGUACACCUGUUCUGUGUGUGGGCGAGGCUUCAGCCAAUCAUCUGGCCUGGUGAGACAUAGAUGCAGUCACAACAGAGAGAAACCUUGGAAAUGUGAAAACUGUGGGAAGGGAUUCAAUUACCCGUCUGACCUAGAAACUCAUUGGCGCAGCCAUACGGGAGAAAGGCCAUUCACCUGCCCCAGGUGUGGGCAGGGAUUCACUCGGUCAUAUACCCUGCUGACACACCAGCGAGUUCACACUGGGGAGAAACCGUUCAUCUGUACUGAAUGUGGGAAGGAGUUCACCGAGUCAUCUCGGCUGCGGAGACACCAGCGAGUUCAUACUGGGGAGAGACCUUUCACCUGCACUGAAUGCGGGAAGGGUUUCACGGAGUCAUCCCACCUGCUGAGGCAUCAGCGAGUUCACACUGGGGAGAGGCCGUUCGCCUGCUCUGAGUGCGGGAAGGAUUUUACUCGAUCAUACAUCCUGUUGAGACACCAGCGAGUUCACACUGGGGAGAGGCCAUUCAUCUGCACUGUGUGCGGGAAAGGAUUCAGUCAAGCAUCCAACCUGCUGACACACCAACGCGUUCACCAGUAAAUACAAUCUCUCUGAAUAAAGAGCUGUCUCUCCAUGA